UUUAUUGUUCAAAGGCGGUCAUUUUUGAAUGUCUCGUUUGUUGGAUAUAAUUUAGGAGUUGAAAAACCUUUUUCAGCGAUAAUAUUCGAAAAUAUGGCGUUUGCAUUGGUGAAUUUUUACAACGAAAAUACAUGGGAUAUCAUUCCAUAUUCUAACAUCAUUUUUGAGGAUGAAAAUAUGUCGAAAGACAAAGAUGAACUUAAAGGAUUCAAAACGUAAGUCAUUUGGGGCGAUGGAAAAACAAAGGGAAACGUCAAGUCGAGGAAAUUUCCUGCAGAGAUAAUAGAGGUUUCAGAUAGUAAAGAUUAUUUACUCAAGACAAUGAGAAAAGAAGAAACUUUCUCUAUAAAUACUGGCAAAAGGUGUCGCAAAAGAAUUCACAAAGCAAAGUUUACAAUUGAAAGUGAUAGUGAAUCAGAUGAUGUGCAGGAGCACAGUAUUCCUAAAAAGCUAAAGGCAUCCAGGGCAAAGAAAACAGAGGCUUGCUGCUCAGCCAGUCUUGCUUCACUUAUAAAAGAGCGAUUAACCAAGGAGAGUCAGUCAGAUGAAGGUAGUGCACUUUGCAAUGAUAAAUGCAAGUAUAAAAAAGAAGCCUUGGAACUCAAAGAGAGGGUAAAAAUGCUGGAAAAUCAGAUCAAAAAACUUAAUGAGCAAAUUGACAAUGGCAAUGGUAAGCUCGAGGAAAAUUUACUUCAUUUGUAUUUUCAAAUCAAUGCUUUCUCUGCUUUUCAGUUUUGUCUUCCAAAAUGGAGAAAUUUGUAA